AUGGAUUACAAUCGAAACGACACCAUCACGCAAGAGCUAAAGGCCAAGUUUAAUCUAAAUGUUUAAAUUAAAGACCCAUAGUCGCGUCUCUUUCUCAAAGGAUAUUUUAAAUCAGAUUCUGAAAUACAUUCUUCCCGAUUUGACAAAGAUGACAUUAUGUUGGCUCUGGGAUGCUCUAAUGGAUCAGUAUGUGUUUACGAUCUCACCAGAAGUGAAAAGACAGCAUUUUAUACAUAUCUCAGUUCUAAAUCAAAUAUGAAAUUGCCCUGCACUGCCCUUAGAUGGUUUUCAAGUGAAAAAUCCACCAAAAUGAGACAAGUCCUAAUUUCAGCUAACACCGAUGGUACCAUAAUGUAUAAAAAUGUGAAAACUGAUUCUACUAUCUAUGAAUUUAAAGAAGAGGAUGAUAAUGAAGUUUAUUGCAUCGAUGCUUUAAAAAACUAAUUAGCAACUUGCGGCAAGGAUUGUAAAGUUAGAGUGUAUGAUAUUGAGGCCUAAACCUUGUAAGCCACUUUAGAAGCCAUACAAUGGGUUUAACCUGGUCACAAUAAUAAAUUAUUCAGUGUUAAAAUUGUGCCUUACGAGAAAAACUUAGUUAUCAGUGGGGGAUGGGAUUAGAAUUUAGUUAUAUGGGAUUUAAGACAAAAAUGUCAGGCUGGAUGUAUUGUGGGUCCAAAAAUUGCAGGUGACACCAUCGACAUUAGAGAAGGUACAAUAUUGACAGGGGCAAACAGAAUGAGUGAACAAUUAUAGAUAUGGGAUUUGGGUACUUAGAAACUGAUAGAGAAUAUCAAGUGGGAUGAGAAGGUAGAUUCAGCUGGAGCAUUUAUAUAUGGGUCUUAAUUUGGAAAAGGAAAGGGAUAUUGCGUUGGAGGAGUUGCUCAUGGAACAAACGAACUCAAGAUGUUUGAUAGAAUAAAGGGAUCUUAUAAGGAAGCAAUGCAAUUGGGCGGAUUUAAUAAAGGCUUAUACACUAUGGACUUUGCAAAUACAUCUAACAAAUGUGUCAUUGGAGGAGGGGAUGGAAUAUGCUUAAUGUUGGCGAUUGUUCCUAAUAAAGACCAAUGAUGAGUGAUUUGAUUAUUUUAUUAAUCUAUAACAACAGAAAUUGUCUAAAAUAA